CUGACCCCUUGCUCUGGUUGUGUCUGGGCGCCCAGUGACACGUGAGGCUCAAUAGGAUGACAACACAUCCAGUCUGCUGCCUCACGGAGUCCGGCUGCGGGGCUUUUGCAGUGAUGCGGGGUCAGUGUUGAACUAGCCGUUUUUGGUUUCCCCCACACGACUCCGGCCCGGGCCUCAGUCCGCGGUCUUGAGUUUGACAGCGGGCGGAAUUACGUCGGUGUGAAGCCGCCAGCCCACCGCUGUGCCCCCAACCACCAGCACCACCAUGGGAGACAGUCGAGGUGAGAAAAUAACUGCACGUGCAACAACCUGGAUAUCUGAUUCCCACAGCCCGGACAGUUCGUCUGUGUCCUCCCCUGCAUCGGGCCAACGCUCCCCCCCGCUGGUUCCCUCAGCCGCGUCCAUGACCUCCCUUCCUCCCAUCACCACCACCGGGGUCAACAGCCCCAUCAGUAGCAUCGGCUCCCCCUUCUCUGUCAUCAGCUCCUCGCUAGGCUCGCCUUGCCUCCCCGGCACACCAUCGGUGGGCUACGGGCCCAUUAGCAGCCCGCAGAUCAACUCAACAGUGUCCAUGUCAGGGCUCCAUGCAGUGAGCAGCUCUGAUGAUGUGAAACCUCCACUGGGCUUGAAGCAGCUGUCCCCCCACAGCCCCGGGCCGAUGCUUUCCCAGAAACGCCUCUGUUCCAUCUGUGGAGACAGAUCCUCUGGUAAGCACUACGGCGUCUACAGCUGUGAGGGCUGCAAAGGCUUCUUCAAGAGAACAGUUCGCAAAGAUCUGACGUACACGUGUCGUGAUAGCAAAGACUGUAUGGUGGAUAAGAGGCAGAGGAACCGCUGCCAGUACUGCCGCUACCAGAAGUGCCUCGCCAUGGGCAUGAAGAGAGAAGUGGCCAAGAUGAACGACAGAUCUGUCCAAGAGGAACGGCAGAGGAACAAAGAACGGGAAGGCGAGGUGGAGUCGACCAGCGCGGUGAACGAGGAGAUGCCAGUGGAGAAGAUUUUGGAGGCGGAGGUGGCUGUAGAGCAGAAGACCGAGCUUCACACAGAUGGGAGUUCAGGCGGCAGCUCUCCCAACGAUCCGGUCACCAACAUCUGUCAGGCUGCAGACAAACAGCUCUUCACCCUGGUGGAGUGGGCAAAGAGGAUCCCUCACUUCUCUGAGCUGGCUUUGGACGACCAGGUCAUCCUGCUGCGUGCAGGCUGGAACGAACUCUUGAUCGCAUCGUUCUCUCAUCGCUCCAUCUCGGUGAAGGACGGAAUUCUACUGGCCACCGGGCUGCAUGUCCACAGGAACAGUGCUCACAGUGCCGGUGUGGGAGCCAUCUUUGACAGGGCGCACAAUGCUGAGGUUGGGGCCAUAUUUGACAGGGUUUUGACAGAGCUUGUGAGUAAGAUGAGAGACAUGCAAAUGGACAAGACAGAGCUGGGCUGCCUUCGGGCCAUCAUCCUCUUCAACCCAGAUGCCAAAGGCUUGUCCAACCCCAGUGAGGUGGAGCUCCUGAGAGAGAGGGUUUAUGCGUCUCUCGAGUCUUACUGCAAACAGAAGUACCCUGAUCAGCAGGGCAGGUUUGCGAAGCUCCUCCUCCGUCUCCCAGCGCUGCGCUCCAUUGGUCUAAAGUGCCUGGAGCACCUGUUCUUCUUCAAACUGAUUGGUGACACACCCAUCGACACCUUCCUGAUGGAGAUGCUAGAGGCGCCUCACCAGCUCACCUAGAGGAGCCAGGUUCGGUCAGGAUCCAGUGGAUUACCGGCACGUUGCACCGCGUGGGGUCGUGGGCUCUUCUGGUUGGGACCUCACUUAAAUGCAGCACCUGCUGGUGUCAACAAAACCAGCUAUCACACUUAUACACACACACAGAGACACACACUCACACACACAUUAUUCCGCACCGGCUAAUUAUCUUCACACAUGCAGGUUUCUUCUUGCGUGCAUGAAUUGACAUACAACAGAGCUAAUACACAGAUUAUAUGGCUCUGAAUGCAAAAGAGUAUGCUAAUAAACACACAUACACUUUAAGCAUCAGUUUUCCACCACACUGGCUACAAUGAACGCAAGCCCUCGUCAUCUCACACACACGUACAUUAAAUGUCUUAAUUUCAAGUUUGCCUUCAGUUUCCACAUCUUCAUCUCACCGUGGGGUUUUUGCUUCUGCGUAACCGGUGUAGCCGACUUCCCCUGUUUUUACUCGGGUUACUUAGUCACAAUGCUACAGUAGCUGCUCCGCUCUACGUUAUAUAUCCAUCACUCAUUAAUGGUUUUUAAGCUUAAAAUCAGGUGCAUCAUUUCAAUCUCCUGUCCACUGUCAAACAGAUUCACUUCUUUAUUGGUCAGGAGGCGUCGCCCUCUCAGUGAGCUCAUUGAAUCUCAUAAACAUUUUAAAUAUUUUAUGCUUUUUUUAUAUUCAUGCUGAAACUUGAUUGAGUUUCUAUUUUGAAGUACUGUACUCAUGAAAUGAGAGCUUUUUUUCCCAUGGCAUUGAAAUCCAGGAAAAAAGGGGGCUGGGAGCCGACAGACUUAGUCCCUCCCACCCUGAUGCGCACAGCGGGCUUUGUAAGACAAGACGAAUGACUUGAAUUAUUAUUAUUAGUUUAUUGUUUUGAUUUUAUCCUUUCCUCUACCUUGGCAGUUGGUCGGCUUUUUCAACGGGUUGAGGCUCACGGGGAGUCAAAAGAGUAUUUGGAACUUCUUUUUACUCCCGUUCCCUUCGCUGGUGGUCGUCGAUGCACUUUUGUGAGUUGUAACCGUGUAGAUGUUCCCGUUUCCCUAAAAAUGACCAUCUUUCUCAAAUACCGUUGACAACCUAAAAGGUACUAUGUGUAGGGGUUUCUCAUUAUUGCACCAUUUUCAGAUCAGAUGUGAUGAUUUUUAAUGGAACUUGUUAAAUAAUUGGCCACAUCCUGGAUAAAAGAACCAGGAUUUGGAAACUUCAACUACCAGUGACAUGGUUGAACUUUUUCGGCUGUCGCCAGUGUUCGUCUUGAUAAGCUGCUCAGUAUUAAUACAAAUCUGCCCUCUAUCAACCCUCCAUUGCCCCUGGAAGAGAAAUAUCACUCUCGUCUUUGAACAGUAUCUCAGUCCUGUGGCUUGUAAAGUAAACUAAUAAAUAAAUCGAAAGAACAGUUAAGUGUCCUUGUACAAGACACUCCAGCAGUUGAAGAGGCAUCGCUUCGUAUCUAAUGUCAUGCUCUCUCUAAAAUUAAGUGAAAAAGCCGAUUUUUUUUUUGUGCAGCACAAAAAACAACAGCGGAGUAGAAAAGUGUAAAAGACCAAGUGAAACGAUCCGACAAUGGAUGUUAAUCCGUAUUUGAUUAUAUCCUUGUUUUAAAGACGGACCUCUGGCUCGGAAUAUGGAUUGGUAAAUGAUGCUCCGAUGUUUGAAAUACAAAAGAACCUUUUGUGUGUUUGCGUUAAUGUAACGCAUUAAUGAAAUGAAUUAGCUGUAUUUAAUGGAAAUCCUACACCUACUACCUGCAGCUUUUGAAACUUUACCCAGUGUGUUUUGGCUCAGUUCUUGCAACUUUUGUACAGUAGAUGUAAAUAAUGAAGAAAAAUAAACAGCACCACACAAGACACGCAGAAAAAAACCCCACCUGUUCACACUCGUGAUGGUCGAAUAUCUGACUCCAAGCAAAACAAUUUUAAAAAACUGGUUUAAUGUUCUGCUGUUGAAUUACAACCUCCUGUGUGAUGUUGUCAUCACAGUGAAAUCGAUUUUGAGCCCAGGGCCAACCACGCCUCGCUGCUGCUUUUUGCACCGACUUCGUCUGCGGAUGUUUUCCUCCGUUGUUCUCGUCGACCGAUUGGCCGGAUUUCAUCGACGAGGGCACUUGACAUUUACUGUGAUUGAAACUUUGUGGGCAACCGAAUCUGAGGCCAAACGCAGCUACCACACAAGAUCAGGAGAUACAAAGCAAACUUACACGCUCGAAGAUGAGUAACACACAUAAAGAUGUAUUACCUUUUCUUUUUUUCUGUUAGUGAAGUAUUUAAAAGUGUUGACAUUCUGAGGUGUAUUUAACCUUCUCAUUAGUCACCACAUUUAACAGAAAUUAUAAAACAUAGAUUUUUGCAGUAUCAUUCUACAGGGAAGAGGUGCAGCUGUUGUCCUCUGCCAGGUGCUAAAUAUUAUAACUAAUGAGACUUGCACAUGUACAUCAAUGCAAACACAGUAUGCAAGUACACACAGACAAAUCAUUGUCCAUUCUUAUGGUCUGCUUCGAUUUCCCUCUUCGAUUUUUCUUUUCUUUCUUUAUGGAAAAUGAACACCAGCUUUAUGUGCUUGUACAUGUUUGGCUGUGGCUCAUAAGUGUUUGUCCUCUCUAGCAGACACAGCCAAAGGCUUUUUGUAUUUUAGAAAGGAGUCAGGCCGUCGAAGGCGAUGAUAAAGUAGCUGAUGAAUUUCUGGGCUCCACCAGCUACUUUGACCAGAAUGAGCAACGAGCUUCCUGCCCUGCAGUCAGUCCAAAUAGUUCUUCUCAGAGAGGAUCACAUGUAAUGUGGACUCGGAGGCCGGCAGUUUGACGACCUGUAAGACAGGUGAUUUUUGUUUAACGUGUCAAUAUGUUGGUCUAACCUAGUCUAAUUUUUUUUCUUCUUCCAUCCCUGCGAACAUGCAGCCAACUCAACAUGUCCAUUCAUUUCCUACCUGCAGAGAAAGGUUAAAGCUUCUUGGUGGCAGGCUGAGGACCUGCCAGGCUUCUUGUUCUGUAGAUGAUGCGGUCUCACUUUAUGCUUUAUGACUUGACUUUGUUCAGACGACCUGAUACUAGCAUAUCUGAAGAUUUGAGACCGCGGUGAGAUGGUUUCUGUGGCAGCCAAGGCUUUGUGACUUUAUGAUCUGGAUUAGAACUCAGCUGUGGGAUGAAGUUCAUCCCCGUCUCUCAAAGACAAUAUGCUGACGUUUGUUAAAUAAUCCAAUCUUCUGUUCUAGGAACUUUCUCUGCAGGAUUUUAUUUUUUGGAGUUGAAUGUUAAAGCUUGCCGCUGCUGCGUAACGUUUCUACCCGGGGGAUGGGAUGAUCACACACAAUCAGUCAAGUGCCGGAGGAUCCGCUAAUUGACAUUAGAACACUGGUUCCAUUACACAGCGGGAAAAACGCCAACUUUGUUGAUAAUUCAUAAAAAAUAUGCAACUUGUAUAUUUGUAUUGUGGUAACAUGGUGUGCGUCGUGUUUUCUGGCAUUUGUGAAUUUAGCUUAAUCUGCUACACAAGUUCAUAUGAUAAUUGGCAGUGAAAUGAUUUAGAUUUCUCAUCCCUCCAUAUGAAAGCAAUGUUUUUAUGUUUUGCUACGUCUUUUUCUAUAUUUCUCUACGUUUCGGCUUCGAGCUUAGGUCAUUUGGAGAAACGGUAAACACACACACACAGCUUUAUUAUGCCAAGUCGGUGGUUGGGAAUUUCUGUUUUGAAUCUGCCUGCAAAUACUGUAGCUUCGGCUGUGACGUGCAGACGACUGGUGAAAUGAUUUGUUGAGCAGAGCGAUUACAGGAUGCACAGAGGAGAGGGAGCCGGGCUGGACGGGUGAUUAACUGGCCUGUUGACCCGAUGCUUUAUCAACACCACCCAGCCGCCUCCUCCUCUCCUCCACUUUGUCCUCUGCUUUACUUAAAACUUUAAACAAAACGCUUUCUUCGCUCAACGAACGUCGGCUGAAAUUAGACCGGCUUAGCUUUUGGAAUGGACGUGAAACAUUUAAAACUAUGAUUCUUGGGAUUGUUUGACAAAGGAUGUGAAGCUUUUGGUGGAAUGAAAUGUUGGGUGAGCUGUGAGGAAGGGACUCGGUGCCUCGCGUGUACCUCUUUGCUCACUUUACUCGAUGGCAGAGCAGCGGUGAUCUGCGGUAGCCACGGGAGACCGCUGCAUCGCACCGCGGCUUGGCCCACAAAUGUUUGUCGUUGCUUGCGACCGUGUGCACUCGAGUCAGGCGCAUGUUGUGACCUUUUGACUGUUACAGUAUCGUUGUCGCCAGCUUUGUCACAUUUUUUAAAUAACUAAUUUUUUGAAAUGGAUUGCAGGCUGUGACUGAAGAACUGAUCAUCUUGUAUAGAUUAAAGACCAGGGCCCGAGGCCCCGUCCCUUCUGGUCCAGGAGGUGCAGUGUUUUGCUAUGCAGCCUUGAAACCACCUCCCUCACGGGUUUGUUCAUCACUGCCAAGCCGUGUGCCAGAUGCAGGGCCGCUCAGUCCCCAGUGCUUGUGUUGUCAUGUGUGUUUGUGAUUGUGCGGCGCACUAAGCAGUGUGCGCUAACCUUGGCCUGUGUAUAGUGCAUACUAAAGAGGGGCCCUAAUAAGAAUGGGAAAACAGCUUGUUGGGAGAGGGGAUGCCUGGUCCCUGGAGGGAAAAGGAGACCGGUGUGCGGCCCUUCUCUGGGUGCUCAAGCUGUGCAUUGGUGCUUUUGCAGCCUGAAAAUUUCUGGUUUCCAAGACACAGGGAAAUGCAAAAUAAGGAAAGAUUAGGAGGCAGAGUCGUGAAACCUGCUUUUCUUCAGUUGGUUUAGCUGCAACCAGGUCCACAGAAGUUCACUGAUGCAGUGGUUUGCAGGCGACUCCUCUGAGCAGGAUCUGGUUACACAGAAUGAACUUGAUGAGAGGAAUGAACUGAAUACCGUGGCUCUCGUCAAGAGGAGGAGGAGGAGGACGACGAGGAGGUUGGUUUUUAGGGUCGGAGGAUUGUGAAGUGGUCGGUCAGAGAGAGACGGAGGGAGGAAGAGAAGGGCAGGAUCUCGAAGAACCCGGUUCAGGUGUUCAUUUGUCGACUGAGAAGUAAAAACAGAUUAAAAAAAAUAACAAUUUUCCAGUAGAUCUAGAAUCUUCCUUGAUCGUUUACUCUUCACCUUUAACAUCCACACAGUUUGUCUCCCUGUUCUCCAACUACGCUCUUCAUCUUUUGUUUAUUACAAAGUAUUAAACAAAUACAAGAACUGUAAAAUCAAAAUUUCACUUUUGUUGUUGAUUUUUCUCUCUUUCUCUCUUGUGUCUGUUCUUUGUCCUGUUUGUAUCCGACUCCAUCGUACGCGUGGAGCUGAUUGACUAUUGUGUGCUUUGGGGAUUGAAAGAGAAAAAAAAAAGAAAUAUGAAUAAUUUUUUUCAGUCAUUAAUUCUGAAUCUUGUUUCUGUUUGUUGUAUCAUGUCCGAGUAAAGGUUUUAAUACUGUA